AGCACUGUGAGCAAGCAUUCCGCGGGCAUGAUGCUGGUUUCUGGAUUCCCUUUUCUGCCCCCUCCCCCAAUUUCUUUAUUACAUAAAGCUGACAACUGCAGAUUUGUCCUCUGCUGAUUAUACAGGCAGUUAAAGAGAAGAGUUCAUGUCCAUCCCAGCUUGUUUCAGUUUGCUCCUUCCCCACCAGCCCAACUUUCAGCUGCAGUAAUCUGAUACCGCUUGGCAGAGGCUAAGAGAAUGAGAAUUUUUGGCACAUUGGAAAGAGGCUUAAUGUAAAGUCGGCUUUCUUUCUUUUUUUUUUUCUCUCCUUUUUUUUUUUUCUGAAACUCUCGUGGUUCUGCACAGCUCUGGCAGAAGCUGCAGGACUCCUCACAAAUGCUCCAGAUGCAACUGUGAGCAAAAGGAUUAGCAAUGCAUUCUGCAAAGGGGAUGCCUUAGGAGCUCUCAUCUCCCUCUAAAAAGUACUAAAGACUGACAUGGAACAAAUAGAACAACUUUCUGCAAGCAGAAAGAAGAGCUUCAGCUUCCUCUCGGUGGACAAGAAAAGCAAUGGGUAUCGGACCCUCGUGGGAUUUUUGUGCAUAUUCCCUGUGGUGGCUUUGCUGGCUGUCAUGGGAGAUCCAGCUGGAGCUGUUGUUCAGAAGAGUCAGGAAGGUGCCACAUCAUCGCCUGGUCUUCGUGGAGCAAGCACCUCUGCUUUGCACAGCCCAGCUUUCCCACCUCGGCCUCCAGCACGGAGAAAGCGAUACACGAUCACGCCGGGGCACUUGAAGUGGGAUCACUUCAACCUGACCUACAAAAUCCUCUCCUUCCCGAGAAACCUCAUAAAUGCCAGGGACACACGCAAGGGGCUAGCAGCUGCGUUCCGGAUGUGGAGCGAGGUUUCACCGUUCAGCUUCAGAGAAGUGCCACGCCACGUAGAUAGUGACCUGAAAAUAGGCUUCUACUCCAUCAAUCACACAGACUGUCUAGAGUCUCUCAUUCACCACUGCUUCGAUGGAACAACAGGGGAACUUGCCCAUGCCUUCUUCCCACCCAAUGGAGAAAUCCAUUUUGAUGACCAUGAAUACUGGAUAUUGGGAAAUACCCGGUUCAGCUGGAAAAAAGGUGUUUGGCUCACAGAUCUGGUACACGUAGCAGCUCAUGAGAUAGGCCAUGCCUUAGGACUCAUGCACUCCCUGAAUCCCAAUGCCCUCAUGCACAUCAAUGCCACUUUGACUGGGAAAAAGACCAUCUCUCAAGAUGAAGUCUGGGGAAUUCACAGGCUUUAUGGAUGCAGAGAUAGAUUAUUUAUGUGCCCAUCAUGGGCACGAAAAGGUUUCUGCGAGACACGCAGGAAGUUGAUGAAAAAGCACUGUCCCUCCACCUGUGACUUCUGCUACAAAUUCCCCUUUCCAACGGUUCCUCCUACUCUGCCCCCACCACGGACAAAAACCAAGACUGUUUCCGAAGGCAGGAACGUCACCUUCCGCUGUGGACAGAAGAUCAUUCAUAAAAAAGGCAAAGUUUACUGGUAUAAAGAUAAGGAGCUUCUGGAAUACUCAUAUCCAGGUUACUUAUCCUUAAAUGACGAUCACAUGAGCAUCAUUGCAAAUGCAAUUAAUGAAGGAACUUACACUUGUAUAGUAAAGAAAAAAGAAAGAAUCUUGACCACAUAUUCCUGGAGGAUCAGACUGAGACACUAACAAGGGCUCUGGAAUAAGAACUUCAAUUACUGCUAGUUCUGUUUCAAAUUCAGUAUGGUUCUUUAGCAUUUUGUAUUUAAUCUUCAGUAGUGUAAACGAACUUCUAAAUCAGCCGCUUCCAUACCUUGGGCAAGAAAGACUCUGGGACUUGAUUACUGGAAAACAAAACUUUUCCAAGUUAGCUUUAAUGGUAAAUAAUUCAUUGAGUGCGUGCUGUUCAGAGAAUUUAAAAAAAUAAUAAAAAAAAUCAAGUGUAAGAUUUUGCAGUUAAACUGGAUCACUGCAGACUGCUGAAAAACAAGACCAUAACCCUUGAUCAAACAGUGGAGGAACACUGAUGGCUCAGCUGUGUUGCAAUGGAAGGAAAAUGACCGGUUAUUGUGGGAAGGAAAAUGCUCUGUAAGUGUUUUGCUAUCAUUUUCUCAGAUCUUGGUACAUAGUACUAGAAGCACUUGUAAAAACAAACAAACAAAAAAGACCUAAUAUUACUUUUUCUUUUAAACAACCCCUUUCUAACUAUUCUAUUCCACAUUUCAACAUGUUCAGUUCAGGUAUCCGCAGAACAUCUUUCCCCCCCUACAACAACCGCUGUCCUGUGCUUUGUAUUUAUUACCUGUAUAACCGUAGCCCAUAUACUGUUUACUUUCAUCUGCAGCUCCUCAUAACUUGUCCCUCAGGUGUCUGGUCAGUAAACAUCUCAGCUUCUUCAGUAGAGGUAAGAUAACUUCCGUUAGUGUCACCCCCAGUCACUAAGAGAUGAGGUGAAUGUGCACAUCUAACAGAAAAAUAGCAUUAGCUCACUUGGCAAAGCCCAGCGCACUCCAAUGCCUGUAUCAGUGGAGGAUUCAUUUGCACAAUUAGCAAUCCCUGAUAGUCCUUACAUUCAUUAAGUACACAAAAGAAAGAUCCUUAUCCAGUAUUAAAGCAGCCUACAUAGUUUUUUGCUUAGGUUCAUCCAUUUUUACUCGUCCUCUUAGCCUCUUCAAAGAAGUUUCUUCCUACUUUGAAACACCACCAAAACUGCAAAGCACCUCAUGGGUUGCAUUAUAGGUCAACACUCUAGGAAGCUCUCUGUAUUAGGACAGCAAAAGUGCAAGGGAAAAGUAAGAAACUAAUCAGAAUGGUUUGUCUGGUACAAUUGCAAUGACAGUCAUUUUACUGGCAAACAUUUAGCACGAACUCUGCACAUCUUCAUUUAACAGACCGGAGCAACACCACGUGGAGCUGAGCAUCUCCUCUCAAGGAAGCUCUGUCUUCAGGAUUUGGAGAAGAGAAACGAGAGCAAAGAGCUGAUCGUCAUAUAGCACAAGGGGAUGUCAACACUUCAGCUGCACAGAUGCUUAAUCCUAGGGCAGAUCUGAAGCCCUUCAUCUCACAGCUUAACACUUUCUAAAACAUCAUUUAUGAUUACUGAGUUUCGUGCAAUUUCUCUAACUGCUGUUUACCUAUGUGGCAGUAACCUACCGCUAUCUCUGCAGUACUCUCCAGUUGAUGUUCCUGGCAGGCAGUGUCCAAGACGUAGUUUGGGGAAUAAAGAAAUGCCCAGGCAAAACUGAAAGCAGCUGCAGGGUAAAUGCUGCUAGCUAAGGACCUGCUUUGCCACCGCCAUCCUGUUAGGAGUUAACCACCUUCAAAUACUGGCUGUGGACCUGAAGGCCACUGGGAAAAGAAACCAACGAAACAAGUUGCACGUUUAAGACAACAGGCCACUGCCCUACUCUGUCACUCCUCUGGGAUGCCACUGACAAAAAUCUUCCAGUGUGUACAGCUGUUCUGGCUACAGCUUCAAGGCUAGCUCAUCACCCCACACAAUGGUCAAGGAACUCAGAAAAAAAAGAUUUAAAUUUCUGUAAAGAAGCCAACAGCAACAAUGACAAAUUACACUCUCUCUGUUGCCUGCACAGGAAAAUUGCAUGACAGCUUCCAUUUCUGGAACAUAGAUUUGCUGGGACAGAAAACACUUCACAGACUGGGUGAGCUCUUCAAGGUAAGCAACAAAAGUCACCUUCUCUUGGAUUACAAUUUGAUUUUAUAAAAAUAAAAACUGAAAUAAAUAACAACAAAAUAUGCACCUGAACUACAACACUCCUGUGAUUCCACUGCACACUCAUGCACUGGAACUUCCACUUUUUUCUAAAUGAUUUAUCUUUGCAGAUUAUCCAUGGUUGGUUGAAAUCAGUUAUUUAAAAAAAACAUGAUUUCAAACUAAUUGAACACUACAGUACUGUUCCUGGUGAAAUAGACCUGUAAAUAUUUUCUCUCUUUACUUGCCUUUGCGUAACUUAUGUAUGAUUAAAAGCAAACAACUCCC